AUGUCAUCGAAAGCAGCAGAUAUUCUUCUUGAGACUGGUAGUUCUUUUAAACGUAUAGCUGAAUUAACAAUGGAAUUAGUUGAUCCAAAUUCAUCGAAUCGUUUAUCAAAUUCAUCAUCAACAUCAUCAUCACAAAAACUUGCUAUUGAUUCAUCAGAAUUAAAACGUCUUCGUGAUGCACUUCAACGUUUUUCAUCAGAUUUGGAUGCUGUUUCACAACGUAUUCAUACAAAUCGUGAAGCUGCAGCAGCACCACAAGAAGUAGAAAGAUUAAUGAGUUUAAAUUUAGUUGAAACUAAAGAUGAACCAGAAAUUAAAUCUGAAGAAAUCUUGACAAUGAAUGAUAAUCAAUCAGCUGUACCAAUGACUGUUUAA